AUGAAGAGCGGGGGGGGGGAGGGGGGGCGGGUCCCCCUGCGCGCGCAGCCCCCCCCGCCCCCCCCUCCUGUCAGUGGCCACCUGAGGGAGCCGCCUCCCCUCCCCCCACGGCCCCAGUCCGGGCCGGGCCCCGCUGAGGAGGAGGAGGAGGCGGCUCUGAGGGGGCUCCGGACAAGCCUUGGGAAGGCGGGGGAGGGGAGUGGGGGAGGGGACGGGCCACCACCGGGGCCACCGGGGCCACCAGGCCACGGCUCGGGGCUGGCCGGGCCGGGCCGGGAGCGCGGGGAGCCCCGAGGGAGCCCCCCCGGAGCCGCGGGGACAGCGCUGUCCCCGCCCGUGUCCCCCCGCGCGGCGCUGCCCGCGCGCCCCCCGCCCGCUGCUCCAGCCAAUCAGCGCCCUCCUCACAUCAUCCGCGCGACCCCCGCGGCCAAUGGCGGCCCGCGACACAACCGCGGCUCCCCCCGCGCCGCGCCCGGAAGCGGCGGCGGCCGCGGCUCCGCGAGGGGCCCGGCCCGGUGCGGCCCCGCCGCGGCCCCGGUGCUGUCCCCGCGCUGUCCCCUGCCGUCCCCGCGCCGUCCCCGCGCUGUCCCCUCGCUGUCUCACCGCUGUGCCCACGCCGUCCCCUCCGCCGGCCCCGCCGCUCGGCCGCCCCGCCCCGCGCAUGCUCUGCCGGUGCCGCCGCGACUCCAUGUGUGA